AUGCCAUAUCCCUCAAUUGAGGCUCUACCUUUGUCGAAGCCCCAACUCGAGACUGAACCGGUUUUGACACUUCCACUCGAGGAGCCUUGCUUCGCCGUCGAUAUUCCUCACCCUCCCGAUGAGGUUCCCGUUGCUGCCUCUGAUCCCCUACUCAUUCAGGACACACCUGAGACUCGUGAGUCAUCCUCUGGCAUCGACUACAAAAGUUUUUGA